AAAUAGAAAAUCCAACUAAGACGAACGUUAUACAAAUAAAAUAUUGUUUAGAACAAAAAAAAAAAAAAAAAACAAAACAAAAGACGCGGUUUCCUUUGACGGCGCUUAUUUGCUGACCAAAUCCCCAUCGUUUUCAAUUCCUACCUCUUCUUCUUCUUCUUCUUCUUCAGUCUUAUUCUUUCUUGUUCUACCACCCAGUUUAGCUUUCGAUUUUGCUGAACCAAAUCCAACCAAUCUUCUUGAUUGGCCAUGUUUUAGUAACCCCAUAUAGUAAAUAUUAUGUUCUUUAGCCUUGACCCACCUUGAAUGAAGCUACUUUGUUCGUUUCAUCAAAUCAUUUUGUUUACCUUGUUGGGUUUCAAAUGAGAAUUCAUAUGUUUUCAUGGCUUUUCUUCAUGCCCUUUUGCUUGAUAUUACUUAGUCUUGAUCAAGAUGUAGUUUCUGGUCAAUGCCUUACCGAUCAGCAAUCUUGGUUGCUUCAACUGAAGAACAACCUUAAAUUCAAAGCCAAUAUGUCGACAAAGUUGGUCACAUGGAGUCAAAAUUCAGAUUGUAGAGCUUGGAAAGGUGUAACUUUUGAUGGGGAGGGACGUGUCACUGGUCUUAGCUUGAGCAAUGAGUGGAUCUCUGAUGGAAUCCACAAUUCAAGCCUCUUCAAUCUGCAACAUCUCAAGAGUCUGGAUUUAUCAUUUAACAAUUUCAACUCUACGAUCCCAGAUGAGAUUGGUAACCUCUCAACUUUGAGUUAUCUAAAUUUGUCGAAUGCUGGCUUUGUUGGGCAAAUCCCAAUUACCAUAUCACACUUGACAAACUUGGUCAAUCUUGAUAUCUCGACUCUAUCAUUUUUAAGCGUUUCUUCUCUGAAACUUGAGAACCCAGACUUGGGGAUGCUGGUUCAGAACCUUUCCAACAUUGAAGAACUAUACCUUGAUGGUGUGAAUAUAUCAGCACCUGGGAGUGAGUGGUGCAAGGCCUUGUCAUCUUCUGUGCCUAAAUUACGAGUCUUGAGUUUGACAAACUGUUAUCUUUCUGGCCCUCUAGAUGAAUUUGGGAAGCUUCACUCUUUAUCUGUGAUUCGCCUUGGUAAUAAUAAUUUGUCAUCUAUGGUUCCAGCAUCCUUUGCAAAUUUCUCAAAUUUGACUUCCUUGGAUCUCACCUCUAGCGGAUUGUACGGAAAUUUUCCUAAAGAGAUAUUUCAGGUGCCAACACUACAGAGUAUAGAUGUAUCAUACAAUCCGUUGCUUCAUGGUUCUUUGCCAGAAUUUCACCAAAAUAAUUCUCUUCAGAGACUGGUACUCAGUUCAAGUAAUUUUUCAGGAGGAUUGCCAUCAUCGAUUGGUCAUCUUUGGAACUUGAGCAGGUUAGACUUUUCCAAUUGCAAUUUCAGUGGAGGACUUCCAAACUCAAUGGGAAAAUUAAGCCAACUCGUGUACUUGGAUUUGUCAUUUAACAAAUUCACCGGUCAAAUCCCAUCUUUCAAUAUGGCUAAAAAUCUGACGCAAAUAAACCUAUCUCAUAAUAUGGUAACUGGAAAAAUUCCAUCCAAUCAUUGGGAAGGCCUUCUGAAGCUGGUUAAUGUGGACUUGAGCCAUAAUGCUCUUGGCGGGACUAUUCCUGUUGCGUUGUUUGCAGCUCCAUCAGUGCAGAAGAUUCAGCUCUCCUUCAACAAUUUUACAGGUCAAGUUCCUGAGUUUCCAACUCCUAACUUGUCAAUUUUGGAUACUCUUGACUUGAGCAGUAAUAAUCUAGUAGGGCCUCUUGCUAAGUCCAUCUUUGAACUCAGAAAACUUAAAAUUCUAUCAUUGGCCUUUAACAAAUUCAGCGGCACCAUGCAAUUUGAUGCAAUUCAGAGACUGAGAAAUCUUACUUCACUUGACCUUUCUUACAACAACUUGUUGGUUAAUGCAAGCAGUAGAAUUUCUGCAUUCCCUUCCUUUCCGCAAGUGAGUACAGUAAAACUUGCUUCUUGUAGACUGACCACAUUUCCUGAUCUGAAGAAUCAAUCAAAAUUACUCCAUUUGGACCUUUCAGACAACAAACUUCCUGGUGAGAUACCUGAUUGGAUUUGGGCACUUGGCAAUGGGAAUCUUCUCCAUCUGAAUCUAUCGCACAAUCAACUGACGAGCCUGAAAGAACCCUAUGCUCCUUCUACUAGUCUCUCUAUUCUUGACCUACAUUUUAACCAGCUUCGUGGAAAGAUUCCCCGUCUACCACCAGCUUCUACCUAUGUAGAUUUCUCUAGCAAUAACUUUACUUCCUCGAUUCCCACACAGAUUGGUAAGGAUCUUAAAGUUACUAUAUUCUUUUCUGUUUCAAAGAACAAGCUUACGGGUACUAUGCCAGAAUCCAUAUGUAAUGCAACCUACCUUCAAGUACUUGACUUGUCUUACAAUAAUUUAGACAGAGAGAUACCUGAAUGUCUGUUUAAGAGUCAAACUCUUGGGGUGCUGAAUAUACGAGGGAACAACUUCAGAGGCUCAAUUCCUAAAGCCUUUCCAGUUGAUUGUGCUUUAGAGACUUUGGAUCUCAACGGGAAUUCAAUAGAAGGAGAAAUUCCAAGCUCUCUAUCCUAUUGCACCAGAUUAGAGGUCUUGGACCUUGGGAACAAUUAUAUCAGUGGUGAUUUUCCUUGCAUGUUGAAGCACAUAUCCACAUUAAGAGUACUUGUGCUACGAUCCAACAGGUUUAAGGGGCGCAUUGGAUGCCAUGAUACCAGUGGAAAUUGGACUAAUCUUCAAAUUGUCGACUUAGCUCACAACAACUUUAGUGGUGAUCUAUCCAGACACUGCUUAAAAAGAUGGAAAGGAAUGUUGGUUGAUGAUGCUAUGCUCAAACACUUACAGUUUGAAUUUCUAGAAUUCAGUUCAUCGCGAUAUUAUCAAGAUGCUGUUACAGUUACCUUCAAAGGUCUAGAGCUGAAGCUGCAGAAGAUCCUUACUGUCUUCACUUCCAUUGACCUUUCUUGCAACCAUCUUGUUGGAUCAAUACCAGUGGAAAUAGGCGAACUACAAGCACUCUAUGUUCUCAACUUGUCCAGUAAUGCUUUCACAGGAGAAAUCCCUUCAUCUAUUGGGAACUUGAACCAGUUGGAAUCCUUAGACCUCUCAAGCAACAACCUCAACGGAUCAAUCCCAUCAACACUUGCAAACCUUAACUUCCUCUCAUUCUUGAAUCUCUCAUAUAAUGGUCUGACCGGACCAAUUCCAUCUGGCACUCAAAUUCAAACAUUUUCACCAGAAUGCUUUGCUGGAAAUAAAGCUCUAUGUGGACCACCUUUGAUUCAUGUAUGCAAGUCCCACAACGCAGAAGAUACUGUUCUAUCAGGGGUCCCAAGAACCGAGUUAGAGUGGCAAUCAAUUUACACAGGAAUCGGGUUUGGAGUAGGAGGAGGAGCAGUUUUUGUGCUGCUAAUGCUCUGGAACGAAGGUAAAACCUGGUUGGAGGAUAGCGUUGAUAAGAUUCUUCUAGUGAUUCUUCCUAUGAUUGGAUACACUUACAAACCUCGCCAUGAAUGGGAUGAUGAAGAUGAGGAAGAUACAGAAUACUGGGGCUCAGAUUCUGCAGAAGACAGUGAAGAUUAUGAAAUGGAAUUGAAUGAGCCACAGGGUCCAUACUGUGUAUUCUGUUCAAAACUAGAUAUCAGUAGAAAGAAGGUAAUGCAUGACCCCAGUUGUACAUGUCAUUCACCAUCCAAUUCUUCUUCCUCCUCAAAUUCUUCCUCUUCAUCCUCAGGUUUCACAUAAAAAGUACAAAUAUUUUCUUCUUAUUUUUGACAUUCUUUCUUUCCUUUAGGUUUCUUGUUUUGUAGUUUGUAUAUAUAUUCAUAGAGGUAAGUACAUAAUUGUAAAACUCUGAUAAAAACAAGAACAGAGCAGGGUUGAGGACUGUACCUUAAUAAGCAAAUUUCCCAAUUGUCUGAGGUUUUGGGCA